AUGCUCUUCAACUUCAACCCCGAAUCACAACAGCAACCACAAGUAUCUUUUAGUUCUAAUCUGGAUAACGAAGAGGAAUUAGAUGAUAUUAGAAAUACCUCGUAUGAAAAUACCAAUAUCCCGCUGUCAGAAUCCAGAAGAGAUGUGACUCGUAUUCAAAGAAGGAUCGAUAAGACAACCUCUAUCAGCACCUUCAACGGUGGUAGAAAAUUUUGGAACUGCAACGCUAAACCGACGAGUUUCUACGUGCCAGAUAACGCGGUCAUUCAAGAAGUUUUAAAUGUAACAGAAAGCGAGUUGAUCGGUGCCCUGACGAAACAACUAUGCGUGGUAGAGACUCAGUUGCAAAAGGUGCAAACGAACCUGAGGAAGAACGAGGAACAGUUGAAGUUAAAGGAUCAAGAGAUCAUUCGUUUGAAACGGAAGGUGAAAGAGUGGGAAAAUAAAAGCAAGAACAUGGAGAUGUUAAGAAAGAAGGAACAACAGCAACGACAAAUACAAACCGAUCAUUCGGAGCAACUUUACGAACGAUGUUUGAUCCUCGAACGGAAGAUAUUCGAGAUGGAGAAAUUCUUAGCCGAUUACGGUCUGAUCUGGGUGGGCGACACGAACAGCCCGAGGUGUACUGAUACGAUUCCCAAUAAUCCCAUCGAGGCUUGUUACGACCAGGUUAUCGCUAACAUCGAUCAGUUGAAUCUGGCUGCCGGUAAGGGCGAAGUUCACGUGCAGCACAACGAGAAAGGAAACGGAGCAACGUUCAAAACUCCUUCUUGCAUGUGUUUAAAAUUCUACAAAAAUGGAAUGAUAAUUCAAGACGGAUCAUUACGUCCCUACAAUGACCAGGCGACGAUUUCGUUUCUUCGUGACAUCUUGGAUGGUUAUUUUCCUUCGGAAUUGCAAGAAGCUUAUCCAAACGGUGUUCCAUUCAAGGUAGAGGAUCACAGAAAUCAAAUGUACUUGAACAAUGUAGAAUUCCCCGGUCAAGGUUAUCGAUUGGGUAAGCAACUUCAAAUUGAUAACCCGUCGUUACCAUCGAAAAUCCGUAGGCCCAAUGCCAGUUUCCAAAAGUCACCUCAUAAUGUCUCGAACAUGGAUCUAUCAACGCAUUUGACGCCUUUAUCGGUCAGAUCGUACAAGUCGAAAGGAUCCUCGGAUUCUCCUCCUCUCGAGAUGUACGUUCUUCGUUCGCAAAUUUUAGCCUCUCACAACAAUAUCUGCUCCAACACUCACCUACAGUCACAUAUAAACGCGGAGCUCAGUCGUAGUAACCGGAAAGAGAAGCGUGACACAGCAACGAGAAACACCGAGUUCGAUGUCUACGUACGUGAGACAAGUGUUAAGUCCAAAGGUGUGUUGAGGUUUCCGAGUUCCGGCAGAUGUUAUCACAGUUCUACCGAUAGGUCAUCGUCUAGACUGUCACCUAGUCGAAAUCGUGAAACACCCGACGAUCGUUUCCGGCACAAAUCAAGAUCCUCGAGUCUACCGAACGCGAGAUUAUCCGUCAACUCUAAACCUGCACCGAAAACAAAACCAGUUGAUUCUAAUAACAGCAACGUCUCUCAAAUGUCAAAUUCUCAAGCGAACAAUAUAGUAGCGAAGAAAAAUCCACGUCCAACGAAAUCCGCGACACCAGUACGAAAGAAUGCUGCCCCUAUUUUGCAUCAAAUCAAUGAACCGACUGGGGCACGUGGUGAACUUCGAUUAAAAGUCAGGUCUCUGAACGGUGGCACUGUUUAUUUAGUCCAUGUUUCGGCUGACGAUCCCAUAGCUCGACUUUAUCAGUUAUUGGACAAAGCUAUGACCAGGACUGUUCCUCGAGGAUACAAAAUUGUUCUCAGCGGAUAUUCGCCGAAAAGAUUAGAGCAACUUGGAACUACCUUGAGGGAGAUUGGUAUCACCAGGGACAGCGUUCUACAUUUAGUGAAUGUUUGAAUUAUUUCUACAAAAAUAUUGUCUGAUAUUGAUUUUUGUGUACAUAUGUAAUCGAUGAAGUUGUCAUUCAAUUUUAAGUGGAAUAUGUUAUAUCCUUGCGAUAUGCGGCGCAUUUACCUCGAAUAAACAAAUUUAGAUGCUUUUCUUCGUAAAAAUUGGCUUCUCGAUGAGAUAGCUAAGUAAAAAUAUUUGUUUUUAUACU